AUGGAGCUAGUUGCACACCGGUUGAUUGAUGAUUUUAGUAAACACUACUGGGUCCAUGUGUAUGCCUUCAAUUACUAUGAGAGCCCAAUUGUCAACCUUACCAAAUGGCGGCUUAAAGUGAGGAGAGCAACCGAAAUCUGGCUGAGGACUCCUUCUCAAUAUCAGCCUCUUCUCUAUCCAAACUCACAAUUCAUGGGCUGUGCAGCUAAACUCGAGAAAAAGCCUGACAAGAUGUAUUUCAAAUUACUGUGCGCAAUGGACCAGAUGAGAAACGUGUGGGAUCCUCUCUUCCCAAAACCAACCGGGAGACCGUGCAAGAAUGACGGAGAUUGCAGACCGCUUGGCCGCAAUUUGAGAUGCGAGGCCAAAUUGGGUCUCUGUUUUGCCCCAUUUGAUUCAAACUAUUGGAUUGCCUGA